AUGCAGCUGCGCUCGGAGGAUAUGUUGGACAUCUUCGCAGCACCUCUGGAUUGGGAGCUCUUGUGUACGGACGAGGAGCACUCUCUCGGUGGCUCUGCGGAUGCGGAAGAUGCUGGCUCUAUUGAUGCAGAUGACGAUGCUUUGGCCAUGAGGGUUCCGGAUGCGCAUGAGGUGGCUUCGCCCUCCUCUUCCUUGGAGGCCCACGCUGCGCCGGCAGACGAGGACCCUGUGGUCAGCACCACUGCGCCCGCGGACGACGACUCUCUGCUCAGCAGCGCUGCGCCCGCGGACGAGGACUCUCUGGUCAGCAGCCCUGCGGGUGCGGAUCCUGUGGAUCUGCGUAGCGGCUCUGCGCCUGCGGAUGAGGUUGCCUCGCCGUCUUCUGCUCGGGACGCCCACGCUACGCUUGCAGACGAGGAUGAGGUUUUUGGGUGUAGAGUUUCGGCCUUUGCGUUCAGACUGACUCUACGGUUUACGUCUUGCUUUCCGUUCAGACUCUAG